AUGGAUUUGAGCUCAUCAUCCGAAAGCGAUCAUCAAUUUCGAACUAACCGGAAUUGGAACGAAAGCAGAUUCAAACGGCCGUUUCAAAUAGUCGCAACUAACCUCCUCAGCCUCCUCCUCCCCCUUUCCUUCCUCCUCCUCGGCCGCCUCUCCACCGCCCGCUACCUCCUCUCCGCCUCCGACACUCAUCACCUCUCCUCCCCUAAUUCCUUUUUGCGCUCGUUUUUCCUAUCGCACGCCAAAAACCCCACAAUCCUCCACCUACUCGUCUCUGCCGUAAUCGUAUCUGCCCUUGCCCACGCCCUAACCGAUAAAAUUGAACCCGGCGGCGGCCGGAAUUCGGAGCCUAGACGGCCGCUCCGUUUGUGGGCCGCCUGGAUUUUCCUCUGCGCCGCGCAGAUCUGCGUGGGGAUGGGGAUCGAGGGUAGCAUAGCCGCGGGGGUCGACGGGUCGAGGUUCGGGCGGGGGAACGGGGCAAUUUGCAGGGCGGUUUUCUUCGUGGGGAUGCACGAGACGGCGGUGUGGUGGUGGAGGGCGGCAGGGCGAAGCCAGAUUCAAUGGCUGGGGUCGUCCGACACCGACGCUUUGCGUUGA